AUGAGGCCCAUAGAGGUGAAGUCACUUUCCCAAGGUCCCAAGGAAGCAGAAGCCAUGGACCAGAAGCCAUGUCCCCUGCAGCAGCGGCAUCUGGUGUUCAGGGACAGCAGGAACUUCACCAUGAACUCCACAACGUGCCUGAGUGCCAGCACAAUGGCCACCACCACCAUCAAUGGCAGCAGUGCGGUCAUGAGUCCUUGCAGCAGUGGCAACGUCAACACCCAUCAACCUUCCAGGACCAAGAAAGCACAGAUGUGCUUCUCAACGAAGCAGAACAAAGUGAGGAGAAGAGUCAUCUGGGGUAUCGAGGUUGUGGAGGAGCUGCGCUGGAAGGGCUGGGAGCUGGGGAAGGAGAUGACCAAGAACCUGGUGCUGAAAAACCUAUCCAUGAAAAUCCAGAAGAUUAAGUACAGGCCUCCCACGACAAAGUUCUUCUUCACGGUUAUCCCUCAGCCCAUCUUACUGAGUCCGGGCAUCACCUUCACUCUUCCCAUCUUCUUCAGGCCUAUGGAGGAGAAGGAGUACAAGGACCAGCUGUGGUUUGAGAAAGCAGAAGGGACGUUCUGUGUGGACCUGAGGGCCGUGCUGCCUCGCCACAAGCUGAGCUGCCCGCUGUCCCUGCAGUUGCCCAUGUGCACUGUGGGGGACAUGGCUGAGGCCUGGUUCUGCCUGGACAACGUGGGGGACCUGCCCACCUUCUUCACCUGGGAGCUGCCCAGCCCCUUCCAGAUCCUGCCCACCACGGGGCUGCUGGAGCCAGGCCAGGUCUGCCGGGUCAAGGUGACCUUCCAGCCACUUACGGCCGUCGUCCAUGAGGUGCAGGCCACGUGCUGGUAUGGGGACAGCAGUAAGCAGAAGAUCGGCAUCCAGCUGCAGGCUGUGGCCAAGUGUGCCCAGCUGCUGGUGAGCAUAAGGCAGAAGCGGCCCGAGGACCAGGACACCGAGGGCUGCCAGAAGGUGCUGCACUUUGGCUCUGUUGCUGUAGGCUGCAUUGCUGAGCGGCAGAUCAAGCUGUAUAAUCCAUCAGUGGUGAACGCCCCCUUCAGGAUUGAAGUGGCCCCAGACAUGCUGGUCAAAGACCAGGCCUUCUCGUGCCACACAGCCCUUGGCAUCAUGCGCCCAGGAGAGAGGAAAUGCGUGUCUGUGUUCUUCCACCCCGAGACCCUGGACGUCAGAACUGUGGACUACAUCUCCAUCAUGCCCUCUGGCUGUGCCUCCCAAACCCUGCUCAAAGUGGUUGGUUUCUGUACAGGUCCAGCUGUGUCCCUGCAGUACAACUGCAUCAACUUCAGCUGGAUCAGCCUCGGGAUGCAUGCUGAGAAGUCCCUGUGGAUUGAGAACAGGGCGAACUGCACGGCCUACUUCCAGUUUGCCAUUGACUGCCAGGAGAGCGUCUUCAGCAUCCAGCCCACCUUUGGGACCCUGGUGGGCAAGACCCGCAUGACCCUGCACUGCACCUUUCAGCCCACUCACCCCAUCAUCUACUUCCGGAGGGUUGCCUGUCUCAUCCAUCACCAGGAGCCAGUGUUCCUGGACCUGAUUGGAACCUGCCACUCAGACAAUACCAAGCCGGCCAUCCUGAGGCCCCAGCACCUCACUUGGUACCGCACACACCUGGCACGGGGCCUGACGUUCUACCCUCCUGACAUCCUGGGCACCAUGGUGAAGGAGAACAGGCUGGGGCAGGAUAAGGAUGGGGCCCUCAUGAUCCCCACGCAGGACUUGGAGGACAAGCCACCCCAGCAGUACCCUGCCAUCCCUCCCAUGACUGAGUACUUCUACAACGGCACCAACAACAUGGCCAUCUUCCCACCGCCUGUCAGCAUGGAGCCCAUCGAGGUGGACUUUGGUGCUUGUCCCAGGCCUGAGAACCCCAACCCUGUCCCCCUGUGCCUGAUGAACCACACAAAGGGCAAGAUCACCGUGGUCUGGAUACGCAGGCCUCACUGUCCCUUCUGGGUGAGCCCAGUCACCUGCGAUGUGCCCCCACUCAAGUCUACCGCCAUGCGCCUGCACUUCCAGCCACUGCACCCCAACUGCCUAUACUCAGUGGAGUUGGAAGCCUUUGCUAUCUAUAAGGUCCUGCUGAACUACAGUAACAUUGAGGAAGACUGCACGGUGUGCCCGUCCUGGUGCCUGACGCUGCGGGCGCGAGGUCAUAGCUACUCUGCUGCUUUCGAGCACCACAUCCCCCAGUACUCCCUGGAUGCCCCCAAGCUAUUUCCUGCCGUGUCUCCUGGGGAGCCCUCCUACCGCAGCCUCCUCCUGCUCAACAAAGGCUCUGUGCUGCUGACCUUCAGCCUGGCCCCCAAAAGCAGCUCAGACAUCAUCCUGCAACCCAGCUGUGGCCUUGUGGCCUCUGAGGCCCACCAGAUCUUCUAUAUCUGUACCUACCCCAAGGGAAACUCCUGGAAGCAGCACCUUUUCUACCUGCAGUUCAACUCCUGCCCCCAGUAUCUCAAGGAAGUGAGCAUGCAGAGCCGUGAGGAAGCCCUGCAGCUGAAGCUGGAAGCCUGUAAGAGCAUCUUCUUCAAGCCCACCUGGGUCGGCUACUCCUCCACCAGCCCCUUCACCUUGCACAACCCCUCGCGUCUGCCCCUGGAGUUUGAGUGGAGGGUCUCUGAGCAGCACCUCAAGGUGCUGGCUGUGCAGCCUGCCCGGGGGCUCAUCCUGCCUAAUGAGACCAUUAUCUUGACAUGGACCUUCAGCCCUUUGGAGGAGACCAAGUACCUGUUCCGAGUGGGGAUGUGGGUCUGGGAAGCUGGCCUGCCUCUGAAUACCAAGCCCCCUGCCACCGCCCCCUACAUGCUACGGCUGGUGGGCAUGGGCAUCACCAGCAGCCUCUCUGUGAAGGAACAGGAGCUGGACUUCGGGAGCGUGCUGGUGAACAGCAAGCAGUCCAGGUUUCUCGUGCUGCUGAACAACGGCAACUGUACCCUUUAUUACCGCCUGUUCCUGGAGCAGCACAGCCCUGAGAUCACCAGCAGUGACCCCCUCGAUCUGCAGCUGGAACAGACAGAGGGGAGCAUGCCACCCCGGUCCCAGGACAGCAUCGUCCUGAUUGCCUGCCCCAAGCACCGGGCCCAGUACUCUUGGACCGUCAGCUACGUGCUCCUCUCCCAGAGAGAUAACAAGCCUGGCGAGAAGCAGAAGCUGUGCCGGGUCUCCCUGGUGGCCGUGUACCCCCUACUCUCUAUCCUGGAUAUCUGCGCCACGGGCAGCACUGAGGGCAUCACCCGGAAUCGCCUGUGGCACCUCUUCUCCCUGGAUAUGCUCAACAGUUACUUGGAGCGAGACCCAACCCCCGGGGAGCUCACCUACAAGGUGCCCACCCGGCACAGCAUGAGCCACAGCCCCGCUAUCUUCACCCCUUUGAAGCUGGACUUCAAUUUUGGGGCUGCACCGCUUGAGGCUCCACCUUCUGUGGUGCUCCUGGCCCUGAAGAACAGUGGGGUGGUGCCCCUGGACUGGGCCUUCCUCUUUCCAAGUGACCAGCAGAUCCACCUGGAGCUGUGGGCAGAGCAAGCAGAGUUUAACAGCACUGAGCUGCACCAAAUGCGUGCACAAGACAAUUGCCUUUUCUCCAUCAGCCCUAAGACCGGGAGCCUGAGUCCUGGGCAGCAGCAGAUGGUGGAAUUAAAAUACAGCCACCUAUUCGUUGGCACUGACCGCCUCCCAGUGCUCUUCAAGGUGUCCCAUGGCCGGGAGAUCCUGCUCAAUUUCAUAGGCGUGACAGUGGAGCUGGGGCAGAAGUAUGUGCACUUCACCUCCUCCAGCCACCAGUUUGUCCCUGUCCCCAUCGGCGACACACUGCCCCCACGGCAGAUUUAUGAGCUGUACAACGGGGGCUCAGUGCCUGUGACAUAUGAGAUCCAGACCAACAUCCUGUCACAAAUUCAAGAACAAAACUUCAACCACCCCAUCUUCUGCUGCCUCAACCCCCAAGGGGAGAUCCAGCCGGGCACAACUGCUCAGGUCUUGUGGAUCUUCUCACCCAUCGAGGCCAAGACCUAUACAGUGGACGUGCCCAUACACAUCCUGGGAUGGAACUUGGCCAUCAUCCACUUCCAGGGUGCGGGCUAUGACCCCCAUGUCAUGGGGGACACAGCCCCAUUCCACAGCAUCUCCUCGUUGGACAAUAGCUCCACACAGUUUAGGCUGAUGGCUCCUGGACAGACGGUCUUCCUGUCCCACUCUCAUAUCUCCCUGGGAAACAUCCCUGUGCAGAGCAAGUGCAGCCGCUUGCUCUUCCUCAACAAUACCUCCAAGAAUGAGACAAUUGUCUUUUCCUGGCAGCUGAAGCCUCUAGACUUUGGAGAGGUGUCUGUGAGUCCCAAGGUGGGAGAGGUGUCUCCUGGAGAGACAGCACCAAUUGUAGUGACCCUGAAGGCUUCGGUGCAUGCCAGCUUCUACAGUGUAGACCUGGUAUGCAAGGUGUACCGGCAGCAACUCCUGAGGAGGUACCAUAAGGAACUACAGGAGUGGAAGGAAGAGAAGGCACGGCAGGAAGUGGAGUUCACCAUCACAGAUAGGAAAGUGAAGAGACAGGUGUACUGCACCGCCUGUGCACCAGUGAGGAAGUACAAGACGCUGCCACCCAUCAAGAUCCAGCAGCGUUUCAACCAACCUGCCAGCUGGAACCUGCAGGUCCCAAAGGAGGAGACAUCCUGGCCAUGCCCUGAGCCGCCCCCACCAGGCAUGCUCUGCCUGGGCCUCACUGCCCGUGCCCAUGCCACCGACUACUUCCUGGCCAACUUCUUCUCAGAGUUUCCCUGCUACUUCUUGAACCGGGAACUGCCAAAGAAGAAGCCCUCUGGGCAGGUGCCAGAGAUUUCCGAGGAAGAUUCCACCUACAAUCGGCCCCCUGUCUCCAAGCAGGAGAAGCUGCUCCUGACUGACUGUCUCACCACCAUCAUCAGAGGUCUACUGGAGGAUGAGAAGUUCCACGAGGCUGUGGAUCAAAGUCUGGUAGAACAGGUGCCUUACUUCUGCCAGUUCUGGAAUGAGAAGUCAGCCAAGUUCAUCACCAGGAAGAGCAGCCUGCACUUAGUGCCAGUCCUAUCUCCACCUUCCAAAAGCUGGGAGGAAGGGAAAGGCAAGGAGCAGGAGGAGUUUCAACCAAGGUUGAGGAAGAGGGAGUCUGGGGUCGAGGAGGAGCCAGAGGAAGAGGAAGAGGAAGAAGAGGAGGAGGAAGAAGAGGAGGAGGAAGAAAAGGAGGAGGAGAUGGAGGAGAAAGAGGAGAUGGGCAAGGAGGAGAUGCAGGAGGAGGAGAUGGAGGAAAAGAAAGAUGACCUGGCCUGGAUGGGAACGGAGCCUGUGCGGCAGACCAGGUCCCAAGAGUUGCUGCAGUGGCGGCAGCAGCUGAAGAUCAUGAUGAAAGAGGAGCGGGAGCGGGAUGAGAAAGAGGCCAUCAGUCGGCUACCGGCCUUCGCUAACCUGCAGGAGGCGCUGCUGGAAAACAUGAUCCAGAACAUCCUGGUGGAAGCGAGCCUCGGGGAGGUGGUGCUCACCUCGCGGCCGCGCGUCAUCACCCUGCCGCCGCUCAGCAUGCCCAGGACAGUGACCCAGGACCCUCUGCGGAGGACACUCCCGGUGCUGCAGCAGCCGGUGCAGGCGCUCCGCCCGGCCACUCAGCACCCCAUCGACUCUUCGCGGCCGCGGAGGACCAGCCUCUUGGACCUGCCGCCCUAG